GGGCGCGGGGCGCGGCCCGGCUGCCCGGAAGCUGGCAGGGUCCCGGGUCCAGCGUUCUGCCGGCCAUGGAUGAAGCGGACCGGCAGCUCCUGCGGCGCUGCCGGGUGCGCUUGGUGAGCGAGCUGCAGGUGGCCCCGCUCUGGGACGCUCUGCUGAGUCGCGAGCUCUUCACGCCCGACAUGGUCGAGGACAUCCAGCUGGCAGGCUCUGGGUCUCGCCGGGAUCAGGCCCGGCAGCUGGUCAUAGAUCUUGAGACCCGAGGGAGGCAGGCCCUUCCUUUGUUCAUCUCCUGCUUAGAGGACACGGGCCAGGACACACUGGCUUCAUUGCUGCGGACAAGUCGGCAAGCGGUAAAGCGGGAUCCUGAGGCCGUCAGAUCCCUGGACCUUGUGCCAGAGGAGCUGCGUGUGAUGAUGCUGGAUCCAGUGAAGCCAGCCUUAGGAAAACUCACCCCGGUGGUGCUGGGGCCCAGGGAGCUCCCGCCAGCUAAGCUCAGGCCAGAAGUUCUCAGGCCAGUGGACGUUGGUUCUGGAGAAUUCAGGGAUGCCCAUGCUCAGGAGCCGUCGAGGGGAAACGCAGAUUUGGCGUACGUCCUGCGCGCGGACCCCUGCGGCCACUGCCUCAUCAUCAACAACGUGAACUUCUCCCGCGCAUCGGGGCUCAGCACGCGCUUGGGCUCCAACGUGGACUGUGAGAAGAUGCAGCGCCGCUUCCGCUCGCUGCAUUUCACCGUGGAGGUGACGUGCAACCUGACUGCCAAGGUACAGUCACCGCAUGUGGGGGAGCCGAGGCGAGUGGACUGCGCCUUGUAUGUAAUUCACCAGCGAAGCCUUCAGGGCCAAGGCUUUUCUUCUGUGUGUCUUGGUGAUGAGUGCUUGUUUCUGCUUCCUGCAGAGCAGAAAGACCAUGGGUUUAUGGUGGCCCACGCUUCUUCUGGAGACAGGGCCUCUGGCAGCAACCCUGAGCCAGACGCUGUCCCCUUCCAGGAAGGCCCGAGGACCUCUGACGAGCUGGAUGCAGUGUCGAGUUUGCCCACACCCAGUGACAUCCUUGUGUCCUAUUCGACCUUCCCAGGUUUCGUCUCCUGGAGGGACACCUCGAGCGGCUCCUGGUACAUCGAGACCCUGGACAGCGUCUUCGAGUGCUGGGCUCACUCUGAAGACCUGCUGUCCCUGCUGCUCAGGGUGGGUGCCAUUUCACUUUGGAGGGCAGCAUGUCCUCCUCAGGGCAGCACACCAAGCCCACACCAAAGGCAAGGGACAGGCGGCCGUGUGUGCCUCUGAGCCUUGGGCUUUGAUUCUCUCUGCCUGCAAGGGCCACGCCCCCUCGCUCCCCCAGAGCCCCAGGCCGAGAGUCCCCGUUGACAUAGCUGUCCUUGUUGCCACAGUGGAUGGCUCAGUGAAGGCUGGUGGUGGGCCCCCUGUCCCCUCCGCCCAUGGCAUAGUUUUCACUCUUGACCCUGGAUGCCCCUGCUGUGCAUCCAGGGCUCCAGGGAGUGACAGACAGGGAAGGGCAGGGCGGCCUGACAGGCUCCGCCCGCUCCUUGGAAACCCCAUCUGGAGCAGCUGCUGCUUCCAAGGGUCCCAGAGUAUGUGGCUGCCUCUGGGCCCUCCUGCUCCGCCCUGGUGUUCUGCGCCAUGAGAAGGGGCUUUAAGGGGUCGUGCUUGCUUCUGAGGGAGGUUGUGGCCCGAGCAGA